ACAUUUUCGUUUAAUUUUACAUGAGGUUUUUAUACUAUUUUGCUACUAUAUAAAUUUUCUAAGUUGUUGUAGAGUAUAUAUAUGAUUACUGGAAACAUUAUUAAUUCCCUCCUUGAUAUAAACUACAAUAUAUGACGAGCUGAUCCAGUAAUCCACCUGAACCGAAGCUGUGAACAAGUACACAACACACACACAUACAUAAAUAUAUAUUGAUACUAAGCUUACGAAGUUAAUAGGAGCGUAUCAAUUUUUAAUAACUACGUAACACUUAGCCAUAAUGCCAUAAUGGGGAUUAUAAAAUAUCAAUAUAAGUUUCAGAACAUGUUGGCAUCUAUCUAUAUGAUUAAACCCUUCAUUAAUAAGAGUUUAAUGCAUGACGUCUUCGUGAAGGCAACGGCACAUCUCAAUGAGAUAAUUAUAAAUUCAUAUUUGGGCAACCAAAAAAAACUGUAAGUUUCAUAAACUGUUAGGAAGAGAUGAAUUACCGUGAGAAUCCAAUGUUUUUACGAGUUUCGUGUAUGUUACCUUGGAAUUUAGGAAAUUACAGCAGGUACCAUUACUAUUAUUUUGUAUUUUUCACAAUAAGAAAAAGAAGAAGAAAAGGAUCAAUUUUGGCGCGUAUCUCGACACGAGAUGGUUAGGUCAAACGAGGGGACCUUGAAAUGUGGAUUUGGUGUUGGACCAGCACGUGCUUCUCUCCACGGCCUUUCAGGAGUUUGCUUCUUCUACCGCACGUGCCACUCCUUUCCUACGUGCGGUUUCCUCUGUUAUCUUCUCUUCUUAUUCUUUUUGUCAAAGACCCAAAGUCCACAUUAUUGUUUGCUUCUAUGUUGACUUCUUUUUAGAAACAUGGAUGAUUUCAUAAAUUCAAAAUAACUAUAUAUAUAUCUGGAAACCAUAUCCAUGAUGAUUUACAAGCUCUCCCAUACGGGUCAUACCAUUUUUAUUAUAUAUGUACACCAUGUUCUUUGAUAUUCUUCGGUAAAAAUGUGGGAUCUGACAAAUAAAAUAUUGAUCGCAUCUAUUUGUAUAACAUUAUAAGCUUGGGUGAAUAUAUAAAAAUACAAUAGAAAAUGUGUUUGUAUUCCAAUAUAAGAAACUUGUGUAACAAAAAUGCUAAGAAAUAACUAAAACAUGAGUGGGAGUGCACCUUAUUAUAUUUUCAAUCAUAUAGUAAAGGCUUUCACUCUAACUAAUUAAUUUGGUAAUGAGAAAACAAAUUUGAGCUAACGUCUAUGUCAGUUGUAUUAUUGUAUAAACAAUAGCAUUAGGACUUGGUUAAGCGAAAUUUUAUACUACUAUAGUACUAAAAUUUCAAUGAAGUGCACUGAAAUUGAUGCAAUAAAAAAGGCUAAUGGGAGCAUAGUUCAAGGUACGAUACAUCAUUUUUCUUCCCAACAUUUGACUGCAAUUCGAGGGUAUAGAAGCUUCAAUUCUUGUUUUGUUUUUUCCUUGGGAUACAUAACCAGAUCUUCUAUUAUACUAUAAUACUUACCAUGUAGUUUAUAGUAUUCGGUAUUUAUUAAUCCAUUCCUACUUGUUUUCAAAGCAAAUUAGUCAGACUUAAUAAAGAACAGCUGUAAACCUUGGUGAUUAAAGUUAAUCCUUAUAACCAUAUUCACGCCACACACAAAAGGGUGCUACGUUGUAUAUUACACAUACACACGUUCUUUAUACACUUAUAUAUGUAUACUUAUAAAUCCGAUUAGUAAAAUUUGCAAAUUGAAUAAUAUAAUAUUUGUAGGAGUAGAUACAAUACUAGGUAUAUAUUUUAUAAAAAAAAUUGAACAUGAAACAUACUAUUAAAGAAAAAUAUGACUAUUGGUAUAACAUCAUAUAUAUUGUAUAUUAGAAAAUGUUAAAUUUAACUAAAAAGUAAGAAGAGAAAACUGAUUUAUUUACAUAUAAUAACACAUAAACAGUUCAAUAUGAUGAGUUUGUAAGAUAAUUUGCUCAUAAGAUUUACAAGAAAUUGCAGUGAACAAAAAAAAGAUUUAUAAGAAAUUGCAUAUUCUAGAGAAUAUCUAUUUUUAGUUGUGCAUAAAGAUAGUUUUAAAUCAACAAGAAAAGUUACAAUAGGAAUUGCGGAUACAAUAAAGUAUUUCUCAUAUAUUUCUGUGACCAGCUUUGGUAUAUUAAAUUGAAAAGAAAAUAAUGGUGGCACUAAUCCAUAGAAAGCCGAGUCUCUCCCUCAUCUCUUUCUAUCUCAAAGAAGAAGAAAGAGAGAGACAGAAACCCUAAACAUCGUGCCCUUUAAGCUAAGAUAUCUUCAGUUUUGUAGAAGUUCAUUUUGCUUGCUCCUUUGCCUUCUCUCUUUCAUUGUCUUCUCCCUCUUGCCUCUAACAGAAGCAAUACUUUCCGACCUCCAAGGUUCGUUUUCUAUCCUCUUCCAUCAUAUAUCUUUCUUUGUUGUCAUCAUCAUCAUUUGCAUAUACAUAUAUAUACACACGCACUCACUCACACCACUCUUGUAUAUAUAUGUGUAUUUCAAGCAUUCUCUAUUUUCAUUUUUUCUCUUUGAUUACUCAAGAACAUGACUAAGUAUUUUAUCAAACCUCUCUUGUUUAAGAAUAGAGCAUGCUCGGUUUUGAACAACUUCAUGUUUCUUUGGGGAUAUUCAAGUUCUUUUCAUGCAUAUCAAUGUAAGAAAGAUCCAGCUUCUGCUAGUGGAAAAAGCCUUUUGUUCUUUAUGAACAUGUGCAUGCAUGAUGAACUAGGGUUUUUAGAUCUAAAAAAAUCAUGCCUUGAUUAUUUCUUGGAUUCUUUACACAGUGAUUGGUGAAAACCCAUUAUUGGUCAUUAACUUCUGCUUACUUUGAUGUAAUAUGUGUUAUUGAUUAUAUAUAAUUGAUUAGGCAAAGGAGAAAAGGGAAGCAUCUUUAAUUUUUUUUUAAAGAAGAGUACGCAUAAUGGAGAUAGGCUCGUCGUCCACAGUGGCCGGAGGAGGACAGCUCUCGGUGCCUCCAGGUUUUCGGUUUCAUCCAACCGAGGAGGAGCUUCUCUAUUAUUACCUCAAGAAGAAGGUUUCUUAUGAACCAAUUGAUUUAGAUGUCAUUAGAGAAGUUGAUCUCAACAAGCUUGAACCUUGGGAUCUUAAAGAAAAAUGCAGAAUCGGGUCGGGUCCUCAAAACGAAUGGUAUUUCUUUAGCCACAAGGACAAAAAAUAUCCAACUGGAACCCGAACGAACCGAGCCACUGCAGCCGGGUUCUGGAAAGCUACUGGUAGAGACAAAUCCAUACACCUCAACAGCUCUAAAAAGAUAGGACUUCGUAAGACUCUUGUCUUCUACACUGGUCGUGCUCCUCAUGGCCAAAAAACUGAAUGGAUCAUGCAUGAAUAUCGCCUAGACGAUAACGAAAACGAGAUCCAGGAAGAUGGGUGGGUUGUAUGCAGAGUGUUCAAGAAGAAGAACCAUUUUAGAGGAUUUCACCAAGAACAAGACCAAGAUCAUCACCAUCACCAAUACAUAAGCACCAACAAUGAUCAUGAUCACCAUCAUCAUCAGCAUCAAACUGAAUCCAAUUCGAACAAUCAUUCUUCUCUGAUCCCACUAUCUCUGGAUCAUCAUCAUCAUAACAUGGGAAGACAGAUCCACAUGCCGUUACAUGAGUUUUCAAACACUUUAAGCCACGGGUCAAUGCAUCUCCCUCAGCUCUUUAGCCCUGACUCGGCCGCAGCAGCAGCAGCAGCAGCCCAACCGUUUGUGUUGUCAAUCAACACAACAGACAUUGAAUGCUCACAGAAUCUACUGAGGCUGACUUCUAACAACAACAACUAUGGCGGAGACUGGUCGUUUCUGGACAAGCUUCUCACGACCAACAUGAAUCAGCAGCAGCAAGUGCAGAACCAUCAAGCCAAAUGUUUUGGUGACUCAAGUAACAGCGACCAGGCUGUUACUCAUGACCAUCUGGGCAAUAAUAAUGGUAAUGAAAGGUUCCCGUUUCACUAUCUGGGAAACGAUGCUAAUCUUCUCAAGUUCCCAAAGUAGACCAAAUCAAAUUUGAUUUGAUUUGAUCAAUCUCAUGUUUUCAAUUUUACUCUCUUCGUUAAGCUGUUGGACUUAUCACAGCAACCACGUUAAUGUUUCUGAAAUCUGUUACUUUUUCCUUCUA